UCUUCUUUAUGCACAGCGUUGUUUGAUUAAAAUGGCAUUUGACAUCCAUUGUUAGCUAAAGAAACGUCCAAAAUUGAAUUGUAUUUAGACGUAAUUAGUGACUAGUUGGGAAUGUGGUUCCAGUAGGCUACUUUUAUUCCUUCAUCUAAGAAUAUUACGUAAAUUUUCGUUUGCAUUUGACAUCAAUAGUCCGUGUUUCACUGUGAGUCAGUGUUAGUUGACCUGUGUCACAACUCUACAAAAACCCUCAGAUCCCUUUGGGUUUGUCAAGAGAAGAGCGCCGCGCGAUGGGCAAUACACUUCUGCUGCAAGUCAAAGUAGCUUUCGGUUUAAAGGGAAAGCACCGCACGCGCCUCUGAGAGUGAUUAGAUUUUUAUUAUGAGGGCUGGCAGCUGUGCUUUACCUGCAGUGUGUCAUAGGUGCGCACUGAGCAACAGCCCACACAAAACUGCGUCUUUGGCUUUUCCAACAUCAAGAUGAACUUUGACUUUGUGGCACUGAGCUGCAAGGUUUAGGAAGCAACAGCUACAAUGGGACUUGAGUCACAAGAUCAGCAGUAGUCUAAAAUUCAGUUUUAUCCUUAAGUCUCCGACAGUCAUAUUUUACAGUAAUCUUUAAGACUAAGUUGAUGCCGAUGGUUAUGACCAUGAACGGUGAGCAGCAUUCCCUCGCUGCAGCACCUCUGGAUUUACGCACAACGCACAGAGAGCGUGGGAGCAGCGGACCGACUAGUCCGGACUCGCGUGUGACAGGCGACUCGCCUGCUCCUCCAGCGUGCACAGAAACGGACUCUUUGAACAAACAAGUCCCCAUAGUGAAGAAAGAAAGCACUGGAGUGUGCAAACGAGACAACGCGCGACAGAAUCUUCCAUUCAGAAAACGCAAGAUUCCUGUGGAGCCGGAGACACGUGAAAACGGAAACAGUUCACCGCGGGCAGCUCGGGAGAACGAGUGGGCUGCAGGUGCAGCUGGGGUCAUUACACCCACCUUACACGUCUGGACUCCUUUUACCCCUUAUGUUCCAUAUUACUGCCUGUCUCCUGUCCCUGUCCCUUUCCCUGAGGCCGUGGGUCCUGUCCCCCAUCACACGGGCCAUUUGCUGUCCUCCAUCACUCUGGCCACACGGCAGGAUGAAGAUGGAGACACUCCUCUUCACAUUGCUGUGGUUCAAGGCAAGAUGGAUGUUGUCUGUGACCUGCUUAAAAUCUACUGGUUGGAAAACAGAAGUCCUGAUAUUUACAAUAAUCUCCGCCAGACACCUCUUCAUCUUGCAGUCAUCACGCAGCAGCCCAACAUGGUCGAUGCUCUACUCAAAGCAGGAUCAGAUCCAACAUCUUUGGACAGGAAUGGCCAGACUGCGCUCCACCUGUGCUGCGAAUACAACCAGCGAGAAUGUCUAUCUCUGCUCCUGUCCCACCACUCGUUCUCCACCUGUCUGGAGAUGCGAAACUAUGAAGGUCUGAGCCCUCUUCACCUGGCAGUGCUGCAUGGUCAUGAGAAUUUGGCUAGAAUGCUGUUAAAUGCUGGAGCUGAUAUUAAUGCUAUGGAUAAUAAAAGUGGCCAGAGCCCCCUGAUGCAUGCAGUAGAGAGCAAUAAUGUGAACAUGGUUCACUUCCUUAUUGAGAGUGGAUGUGAUGUCAACAGCCAGUCGUACAGCAGGAACACUGCCUUACAUUGUGCCUGUGGCCGUGGGCAGGUGGACACAGUGAGGCUGCUGCUUAAAAACGGAGCUGACAGUGGACUAAAAAACUAUCACAAUGACACCCCUGUGAUGGUGACCACCAAUAAAAAGAUUGCUGAUGUAAUACGUGGAAGAAGCUCCAAACAAAUGCGAGUUCAAGAUCAGCACUACAUAAGCACCUCACCUUCACACUGGAACAUAUUGGAAGACAGUGGUCCUCCUUCUCCAAAACAGAGUCGUGGAUGUUCACCAUCUUCUCUUCUCUGUACGCCUCAUCGAACACACUCAGUGUCACCAAAAACUGGAACUCACUUUUCAAGCCAACCUCUAACUACCUCUGCACAUUCACCUGGCCACAUUUAUCCUCCUGUCAGGACUGUGAAGGACGAAUGCUUUCAAAAUGGACUAAACUGAAGCUUUGGCAGUGUGCCUUUCACGGUUACUGUUGUGGACACUCAGACAUUGCUCAGUGCUUGAAAAGUAUAAAGACAGCAAUGUACGGCAUUUUUAAAUGGCCAAUCUUUUGACUCAAGACCGACUGACACACUGUAGGUCUAUGUAUUUUUAUGCAUUCAUUUCCCAGAAUAGCCUAAACAGCUAAAUUGGUUUUGAAGAUCUUUUUUCUGUGUGUUGGACUGUAUAAUUGCGCAGUGGCAGUGGUUAGCAAUUUGAAGGUUCAAACCCAGUGGGGACCAGUGCAUGCAGUUGUGCUUUUGGGCACUUUGUCCCUGUCAACAUACGAAUGUGGUAUGCAUAAUGUGCUGUUAGUGGUGGUUGGUGGUUCUCUCAAUCUGUCCCAGGGCAGCUGUGGCUCUAGAAGUGCACCACCAGCUGGAGAGUGAAUGAAUAAUGACUACAGCAUGGCGCUUUGACAGACUUUUCAAGCAUGUAAAGUGCAACACAAGCGUAAGGCAUUAUUAUUGAAACCUGAAUGCAAAAUGUUGCACUCUUUGUUAUCUGGCUAAUAAUGUUAUCAGUCUGGAAUGUAUUAAUGAUAAUGUUUUAAUAAAAUGUAGUUACUGUGA